UUUAAUAUAUGAUAAAACUCAUGGUCAAAUAUAACCUGUAAGAAUACAAAUGUAUCGAAUAUAACGAUGAAUUAAGAAUUAAUUUAUUGUUUAUUAUAUUAAUAGAAGUUUUGCUGUUAUAAUAAGAAAUAUUUUUUAUUAAUUGAGAAUAUAUAGAAUGGCAAAAAAUAAAAUACAAGAUAAAUUUACAAAAUUAAAAAAUAGAACUAUUAAUUCAAAAAAAGAAAGUAAAUUUAAGAUGUCUAUAUUGAAUAUUUCCAUUACAGUGUUAUGUAUUGCUAUUGCUACUUGGUUUAGUUAUAAAGGAUAUUUAGAAACAAGGGUAAAUACUCCAUAUGAUAUAAAAAAGUUAGUUACAAUCUCAGGACUGGAUAUCCCAGAUAGAUAUUGGGGUACUUAUCGAUCAGGAGUUUAUUUUGGAUUAAGAACUCGAGAUCCACAUUCUUUAAUAACAGGAUUAAUGUGGUAUUUUCCACAUUUGUUAAGGCAAGAUGGUAGUGGUCUUAGACAUUGGUGUGAACAAAAUGAUAAAUUAGAUAAAUAUGCAUGGAUGGAGCAUGAUGGAAAAACAUUUGGUAUUCAAGAAAUAGUGGAUAAUUCAGCUAUUUUAACUACUACAUUUAUUAAAACAUCUGGUGGUAAGCAUGGAGGAGAUUGGACAACAAGAAUUGCUGUAACUUCUAAGAAUCAGAUACAAAAUGGUGAAGAAAUAUCAUUACUUUUUUAUACUGCCAUGGAAGAAAAUGUUAAAGGAUGGAUUAAAGUUAAUUUAAGUGAUGAAAAACAACUAACAAGUAUUGAAGGAAAUACCCAAAAUUUGGGUUCAUUUACUAUAAAUCUUAAUAUGAUACAGGGAACUGUAGAAGAACACUCUUUUUUAGUAACAGUUGUCUCUGGCUUAAAUGUUUUGAAAGAAACUGUUCUUCAAAAUCUUAGAUUAGCAUCUCUCAAAGGAUCAUCAAAGAAAUACAUAGUUUUAGCAGGUGAACAAAUACCAUUAUCAGCAGAUGGAAAAAAAAAGGAUGCAAACUUUAUUGCAACACAAGUAACAGGAAGAAUUCCUUUUGAAAUUGAAAUUAGUUAUGAAUCAGGUAGUUUUAUUAAUAGGGUUGACAAAUUAACUGGUCAAAAUUAUGAUCGUGCUCUAGAAAUGCAUCGGCAAUUAUUUGACGAAAAAUUUGAAAAAGUCUUUAAAUUAAGAUCAAAAGGUUUCACAGAAGAAGAAAUUAAAUUUGCUAAAAUGGCAUUGUCAAAUAUGAUGGGUUCUAUAGGCUAUUUCUAUGGUAGUUCACAAGUACAAAGUCAAUAUACUAAAGGACCAGUGCCUUACUGGAAAGCACCUUUGUAUACUUCAGUACCUAGUAGAAGCUUUUUUCCACGAGGAUUUCUAUGGGAUGAAGGUUUUCACGGUUUACUUAUCUCAAUUUGGGAUUUAGAAAUUGAACUAGAUAUUAUAAAUCAUUGGUUUGAUUUAAUGAACAUAGAAGGUUGGAUUCCAAGAGAAAUGAUUUUAGGUCAAGAAGCUUUAGCUAAAGUUCCAGAAGAAUUUGUAACUCAAAUAAAUACAAAUGCGAAUCCACCUACGUUUUUUUUAACAUUACAUUUUAUACUUAAGCAUAAACAAGAAGAAGUAUUGAAAAAACAUUUUCAAUUUUUAUAUAAUUUGUAUCCUCGUCUUCAAGCAUGGUUUAAUUGGUUUAAUACCACACAAGCUGGAGAUAUAUCAAGUACAUAUAGAUGGCGAGGUAGAGAUGGAACAACCAAUAAAGAAUUAAAUCCUAAAACACUUACAUCUGGAUUUGAUGAUUAUCCAAGAGCUUCUCAUCCAAAUAUCGAUGAACGACAUGUUGAUUUACGUUGUUGGAUUGCAUUUGCUGCUAAUAUUAUGUAUCAGAUUAGUGAAAUAUUAAAUCAUCCAAGUAAUAAAUACCAAGAGACUUAUCAUUAUUUAUCUGAUAAUGAUUUAUUAAAUAAAUUACAUUUGUCGCCACAUACACAAACUUAUGCUGAUUUCGGAUUGCAUACAGAUAAAGUAUUUUUACGAAAAUCAUCUUCACCUUCAAGAUCACAUAUACAGCCAUCGGAAACAAUACGAAUUGUUAUGGAAGAUCCAACUUUAAGAUAUGUUGAUUCAUCAUUUGGAUAUGUUUCAUUAUUUCCAUUUAUUUUACAAAUUAUUAAUCCUAGAUCUCCGCAAUUAGGUAAAAUAUUACAAGAUUUAAUAAAUCCUGAUCUAUUGUGGACCAAAUAUGGUUUACGAUCACUUGCAAAGAUAUCACCAUUUUACAUGAAAUAUAAUACUGAACAUGAUGCUCCUUAUUGGAGAGGAGCUAUAUGGAUGAAUUUAAAUUAUUUAACAGUGAGAGCAGCAUAUUAUUAUUCCAAUAUUGAAGGACCAUAUAAAAAUGAAGCAAAAAAAAUUUACCAAAAUUUGAGAAAAAAUUUAAUACAAAAUGUUAUAAAACAGUAUAAAAAAUCUGGAUAUAUAUGGGAAAAUUAUGGUGAUAUUCAUGGAGAAGGUAAAAAUAGUCAUCCAUUCACUGGUUGGACAUCUCUAAUUGUAUUACUUAUGGCAGAAAUUUAUUAGUUAUAGAAUUGUAUUAUAAAUAAUUUCAUUUAUAUAUAUAUUAUUUUACUAGUAGUAAAAUUAAAAAAUAUUGCUGGGAAUAUUUUAUAUAAAUCAGGACUUAUAUAAAAUAAAUAUUACUAAUGUGAAUAUUGACUAUAUUAUGCAUACAAAUGUGAUAAUAUCUGUAAAUUAUUAUAAUCACUUAUGAAUAUUUUUUUGUAAUAAAUAAAAAAAUAUUUUGUAACACAAAA